AUGGCGGAAGUUGAAAUGGUUGGAAAAUCCAUUCUCGAAGAACCUCACAGACUUCCAGGGGGAUAUGUAUAUGAAGGAGUGAUGUUCAGUAAAGCAGUGCGGAAGAGUGUUUUAGACUCGUGUGAUCAAAUCGAGUGUCAUAAUGAUGACGUAUUUGUUGUUUCCUAUCCGAAAUCAGGUACUGAGUAUUUAACAGUGUUAAUAUGCAGUGUUACCACAUUCAGUGUUGUCAAUUCAGGAGUGUUCACCAGUGUUACCACAUUCAGUAUUGUUAAUUCAGGAGUGUUCACCAGUGUUAUCACGAUAGAUCAUGUUGAAAAUAUGAAGACAUUGGAACCACCAAGACUUAUAAAAACGCAUCUACCUGCUCACUUAUUUCCCAUUCAAGGUUUAAAAAAGCAAAGCAAAAUCAUUUACAUUUGUCGCAAUCCUAAAGACAAUGCUGUGUCAUAUUUCCAUUUUUAUAGAAGUGUAGAAAAUUUUGGUUAUUAUAAAGGAUCAUGGGAUCAAUUUGCUGGAAAUGAUGAAAUAGGUGCUGUUAUGAAAAUUGCAUCAUUCCUUGGGAAGGACUUGAGCAGAGAGACUGUUAAUAACAUUGCAAGUUAUUGCUCUUUUGAGAAUAUGAAGAAAAAUCCAGCUGUGAAUCGUGAAAACGCUCCUGAUGUAGAUAACACUAUUAGUCCAUUUAUGAGAAAAGGUGAGUCGUGA